AUGGUCCUCGUCUACUCCUGUGUUCAUGCGCUGCUCCUCGAGCCCGUCGUGGGAAUUGCAAUUGUCCGGACCUCUUCCACUGCGGCGUCUUCUCCGUUCCAUCCCAAAGACGCGCGCAAUCUACGUGACGAAUCGCAUCUGGGCCCGACCUUGUUCCUGUCCUCUCCUUCAUCUGGAGAGUCGAGCUCGUCAACCACUGGCUCUCCCUCCCAGCAGCAUUCCCCGCGGAGCAUCAACCUCGAGCCCCCGCAACUGCCAUUCCUCUCGGCCCACCACCACUCCCGUCGGCCUCAGGAGUCUUUAGUCUCAUCCCCGGAGACUCGCCGAGCGGAUAGCAGUGUCUACUACACCACGGCCUGGGGGUCCCCGUAUGCUGCACCGAGCACGCGGCGACUAUCGUUAACCCUCAGCCAAUUCGCUGGGGUCGAUCCGGGUUCUCGUGAGAGCUCGCCUGCCCCGUCUAUCGCUGUCAAUCACCCGGAGGAAGUGCGACGAGCAAGUGUCGCGGAAGGUUUUACGGAACAAUCACUCCAGGGAGAGAAGACUAUUCGGGAUUUUACCCAGGAUUGGAUCAAUCAGUAUUUGUCGGGACAACCGCGGACAGAGAAAAGUAAUUGGUUAAGUGACGAUUCCGGAAGCGAGGCGCCGUCCUUCUUUACUGCGAAGAAUCACCUCGCCGACGAUCUUUCCGACGACUGGCUUGGUCUUGAAGACGAUACUCGCGAAAGCGAUCUGCUCAAGACCCCGACCCUUUCGGACUUUGUUGGUCGAAAGGCUGCUGCGCGCGCCAAAGGAAAGAAGACCCAGCAUAAGCGCGCGGACACUUUGCGCCAGGAGGAUUUUUGGGGAUUUGCCUACGACAAGGAACCGUCAAAAGACAUGAUGGCUGAUUCUCAGGAGUCACAACCACCCGCCGAGGCCGUGUCCCCGGUGGAAAAGCCGCUGCCACCCCCACCAGCAACGACAGCGGACGACAACACAAAUACAGGAAGCACAGAGGAGUCAUCACAACCGGAAGCUGUCAAGAGGCAGGCCUCGGAUAUCACCACAUCGGGAACCCCGGUCUCACGGCGAAGAAAGAAGCUGGCAUGGCGCGGGAAAGCAUGCAUUGUCGAUAUGCCAGUUGAUGAUCAGCGUGGUACCGAACAGUCUGGUUAUCGCCUUUUGACGCGUGAAGAUGUGGAGGACCGCUUGAAACAGUGGGAGCAGGAAGGAUGGGACGUGCGUGGAUUCUCUAUUGGAGACGAAGUUGACCCUUCUUCAACAACCGAGCUUGGAGGGUUGAGCCGUCCAUUGUAUCCCGACCCGUAUGAGGUUUAUGAAGAGACGAAGGGCCAGCGGCCGUACAUUCAAUUCCCUGACAAGGCUGUGUGGGAUGCCUAUGUCGCCGAGCUCCAGGAGGAGAAACUGCGAGCUCUGGGUGUUUCGUUCGGCGACCCUGAGCCUCAACCCUCGAUCUCUCCAGCAUCCGCUGCCCAGACACCUUUCCCUGGCCUCGUGGCCUCGCCGCCAAUUCCCACUGCCUCGGCCGCAAGCAAUCCACUUGGUGCAGUGCAUCCAUUCUCGCCACACUUCGCACAGCCUGGAGGAACGCCAAGCGGCGGCAUUGGAUCCCUGGCAUCGCCAGCUUCGCAAUUCAGCGUGCAGACUCCGUUCAUGGGUAUCGAUCAGGGCAUGAUGCCUGGUUAUCCAUUCCAAUUCCAGCCUACGCCUCCUGCGCAGUCGAUGACUCCCCAGAGCCUGAUCAACCUUCGCCAAGCCAGUGGAUCAGGUGGUCCUGGUACCCUUCCCAACUUCAACUCGAUGCUGUCCCCUGUGUCACCGCUUCAUGACCAGGGUGCUUUCCAUGGCUUCAAUGAGAAGGCUGUGUGGGAAACCGGAUAUGGACAUGAUGGUCAAGAUGAGGGACAGCACUACCCCACUCCUCAGACUCCCGUCAACGCUCCGGAUCACUUCCACACAUCGAAUAUCGAGAUUGCCCACCCGACGCCCCGUGGCCAUGGUCAUAACUUGAGUGAAACUCUCCAGCGGGGUCUCGACCAAAUGAACCACUCCGAAUACCGCAUGGAUGACCAUAUGGAGCAUCACAUCAACGAGGAUCAUCAUGUUGAUCACCACCAAGGCUUCAAUCCCAACAUCCUGAAAAACCACUGGGCAAUGCAAGAGCAGGAUCAACACCACCAGCUUCAGAAGAACGGGCGACAACCCUCGCACCCUUUCUCCCAGCAGCCCCACGACUUCUACAAUGCGCACUUUGGGCAACCCAAUACCCACGAGGGCUCCGAUGUGGAGACGAACCCUAGUCUUGCCGGAACUCCUCACGUUCGCGGUGUCUUGCCUGAUCACGGACCCUGGCACGAGUCCAAGGCCAGCCAUCACUCGAAGCUCUCCAUCUCAUCCCUUAAUGUGGAAGCCAGGCCGUUUGAUCCAACUGCUUCUUUUGCAACCCAACAAGGUGCAUUUGGCAACAGCGCGUUCCAGUUCAGUGGUAUGGAUGGUAUGAGCCAAUCCGGAUUCGGUUUUGCCCCCCCGCCAUCUUUCGCGCCAGUUAACGUGAUCAACGGCUCCAUUCAUCACAACCCCAUCCCCGAGCCUGAGCCCAAGCCUAGCUCGUUCAGGUUCUCUGCUGCGUCCUUCAACGUGGAUGCACCUGUCUUCAACCCGUCUGCCAGCCUCAACUCGAAUGCUAGCUCCGAACAACCCUCCGGCAGCCGGACGAAGAUCUUCGGAGAUAUCGAUUUCGCUGAAAUUGCCAAGCCCCCGAAGCAGUCUAAAGCCAUUCCCAUCGUCCGUCCAGAUGAAGUCGAAUCUGCCAAGGAGGGAGAGCCGGCGACCAUGGAAGAUGCAGAAGGCCGUAUCGUGCUUACUGACCGUCACAAACGCGCUCGCCGUGGCAUCGGUCAUGCCGAGGGCGAGGCUCGGUAUAGCAUCUCCUCGCAGCCUUUGGGCGAGACUGGUAACGCUCAAGCACCAGGCUCUCUUCAUACCCUCGCCGAGGGCAAGGAGAAUGCCAUGCCCGAGGAUGAUAAGCAUGCGGAGCGUAGGGGUACUCCGACGAGUGAGGCUACUACUUGGACCUUGUUUGACGUUAAGGACGAGGCCAGGUCCCGCGCUGGAUCAAUGGCUCGCCAUGAACAGACCGAAGAAGUUAAGGAGGAGCCUGUCGCAGAGGCCGAAGCUGAACAAACUGUUCAGGAGAACGCUCCAGCUAAGGAGCAGAAGCCUGUCAGCCAUGCUCCUCAGGAUUCUAGAAGCUCCGUGAAGAGCACCAUGUUGUCGCCGACGGCCCAACCUUUCGAAUUCAAGCCUGCUGUUCCUUCAUUCGUCCCAACGAGUGUGCCCUCUUCUGUCUUUGCCCAAGAAAAGCCUGCUGAAUCAGACCCUGUCAAGAUCGAGCAGACCGUGUCGAAGCCUGUCGAGAAGAAGCCCCAGGGUGGUCUCAUGGCUUCUCGCUUUGCUACUGCCAGCCCGCCCAAGCCCGCGCCAGCACCAGUUGAGCGAACCAUCAUCCACGAGACGCCCCAGCCCAAGCCUGAUCUGUCACGCUGGCAGGAAUCCGCCGAAGAGUCACCGGAUGACGAGGAGCUCAACGCCAUUAUGGAACAACUCAACGACGACUCUGACGUUGGCAUCGAGCGUCAACACACUCCACUUCCUCCUCACUUCAUCUCCGAGUCCGCUCCCACCAAGGAGCACCGCUUUGGCUCGGCGGAAGCCCGCAGCGAGGCUCCCAGCCCCAGCCCCGGCGGUGGCCAAAAGACUUACAAGCUCAACAUCCCCAGGCUCGGCUCCGACAUUGACGCCGCCAGCACUGCCACUUUCUCGCCUCAGAAGAGCCUCAUCUCACGUAUUCAGUCUCCUGUUCGACAGCUUAUCACUGAAAAUGACCAUGUUAGUGAUUGGGAUGAUAUGAUCUCCUCUGGUGAGGAUGAGAAGUUCUUCAACCGUAACCGCUUCUUCGACCGCCGUAUCAAUGACAUUGUUGGUUCGGCUAUUGAUGACCGGUUGACUCCUAUGGAGCGUGCCUUGGCUGUCAUCCAGCAGUCAGUGGCUACAAUCGCUUCUGGGACUGCUAGCCGCAGAGUUUUCCGCAGCGCCUCUUCCGCCAUGGAGGACAGUGAUGCUGAUGACGAGGAUGAUGAGGAGCACGAGAGCUCUGUUCGCGAGCGUUCUCCCCACCACAUGCGCGAUCGCAAGCUGGAGAUGUUGAAGAGUGUCGUUAUGGAGGCACUGGUCACGCAUGAUAUGCCCAACCGUGGAAUUCAGCAUUCGAGCCACAGCGAGAUGGCCCAGCUUAAGGAAAGCAUUGCGGAGCUCCAGGCCCUGACUAUCAAGAAGCUGGCCCAGGACCCUGUUGGCGAUAUGCGUGAGAUUCUUGAGGAGUCACUUGCUCGUCACAUGGCUCAGCAGACUCCGCGGAUGUCGGAAGCCGACGAGAUCGGUGCUGACAGCCUUAUGCUCCAGAUUGACGGUCUGAAGAGCAUGUUGCGUCUCGCUGAUGAGCGUGCUGAGACUGAGUACAGGCUGCGUCGUGAGGCGACUGACUCUGUGGGUGAGCUCCAGCAACUGCUGAAGGUUGCUGAAGAGGAUGCUGCUCGCCACAGCGCGGCUGCUGAAGAUGCGGAGGCCCGUCUUCUCCAGUUUAAGGAGGAGAAGAUUCCUCAUCUGGAGAAGAUGCAGUUCCGCUCCGAGUCUCUUGCUGAGGAGAGUGAGACUCUCAAGGUUACGAUUGCUGAGUUGUCUACCAAGAACAUUGCGCUCGAGGGUACUCUGGAUGAAUACCGUGUUUCGGCCGAUAGCUUCCGUCGUCAAUUGGAGACUACCAAGAGCGAGAAUUCAUCAUUGCAUGAGACUGUUGAUGCUUUGCGCACUCGUAUCGAGGACAGCAUGGCUGCUCGUCAGAACCUGACUGAGAAGUUUGACCGGUUGCAGACUGAUAUGGUGAAUGUCACGGCCGAUGUCGCGCGAGAGCAAGCUGCUUGGCGCCGCAAGGACGAGGAACAAUCUGCCAAGUACAAUGAGCUGCUGGCCUCGUACAACCGUGAGGUGAAGCUGCGCGAGAAGUUGGAAGAUGAAGUUGUUGCUCUGGAGAAGCAGGAGAAGGAGGCCACCAAGGUGAAGUUCCUCUACGAGCAGUCCCAGCAAGAAAAUGCCAAGAUGGAAGAGAACAUUGCCGUUCUGCGGGCUGAGAAUCACAAUCUCCAGCUCACUGCUGCUCGCUUCGAGCGCGAGUUCAACGAGGCUCGUGAGAGCAGCCGCAUGGAGAUUCAGCGUACUCGCACUUCUAUGGAGGCAGAUCUCGAGGCUUCCAACAACCAGGUCAAUUAUGUUCGUGCUGAGCUUGAGACCCAGAUCAUUCGUCUUGAGACCCAGUUGGACAAUGUUCGUCUGGACGCUGAUACCUCUCGUGAGCGCUAUGAGAUGCUCCUCGAGGAGGCAAAGGAGAGUAGACUCGCUGCUCUUGCUACCGCGAAGGAGUCACGAGAGGUUGCCCUUGAAGAGCAGCGUAAGACUCAUGAACGUGUGCUCAAUGAUCUUCGCGAGCGCCACGCUCGUGCCUUGCACAACUCUUCUGAGGAUCGCCAACGUGGUGAGGCCCAUAUGAUCGACCGCUUGGCUCUGGCGGAUGACCGGGCCAAGCACCUCGAGGAACGUGUCCAGCAUCUUGAGGAGAAGCUUGAGAUCGCCCAGUCCGCUGCCCGUGCUGCCGCCGAAGCCGCUCAAACUGCCAAGGCAAUCCCAACCCCAGCGGCGCCCACCCACUCGACUUCGCCUUCCAUCUCCUUCAGCAAGGGAUCUCAAGAGCCGGAGAGAAUCUCCCCGCAGGCCCUGCGUGAAUCCAUUUUCGUCUUGCAGGAUCAGCUCCAGCAGCGCGAAACCCGUAUUGAGGAGCUCGAGCAGGAGGUUGCUUCUAUGGACAAGGAUGCUCCCAACAAGAUCAAGGACAAGGACAGCGAGAUCAACUGGCUCCGUGAGCUGCUUGGUGUUCGCAUCGAUGAUCUCCAGGAUAUCAUCAAGACUCUUUCGCAGCCUUCCUUCAACCAGCAUGCCGUCCGCGAUGCUGCCAUUCGUCUGAAGGCCAACCUACAGAUGCAACAGCAAGAGCGGGAUCGCGCACUAACUGGUUCCGGCCUCCCCUCGCUUCAAUCUCUUACCGAGCUCGCUGCCUCGCCCCGUUCGCUUCCCCUGGCUGCAGCCGCCGCUUGGGGUAACUGGCGUAAGGCCCGCGAGACUGCCAACGGCGGCUCAACCCCGUCCGAGCAGACACCCUCCAAAUCUAGCAACGCCGGCGCCUUCCUAUCCGGUCUCCUGACGCCUCCGAGUUCCCAUGCUCGCCAAAAUGCCCCGAACACAAGUGGUCCCGGACGCGCUUACGCAGAGACCCGGCCACUGAGAGGCUUCACCUCAACUCCUCGCCGUGGAUCAGUCCGUCAAGAAGUCCCCAUCGCCGAACCACCAACGACCCCUCCUCUCCUCCGCCGCUCGAGCUACGAUCACGACGCCGAGCCGGCAAAUUACGAGGGUAACUUUGCAUCGGAUGACAUUGAGUCUACAGUCGAUGGCAUGGUCUCGGCAUCGCCUAAGGACGCAGAUGAGGGACCCUUCGGGCCUUCGAUCUCCUCUGAAGCCAUCGCCGAAGAGGAAUCUUGA